CCGGAGCGCACUGGCCUCCUGAGAAGGGCGCUUAGCGCGCAGCCGGCCGCCGUCUGCCCUGGUGCCCAGGGCGGCUGCAGGGUUCCUGGAGAGCGCGUCCAGCCAUGGAGCCUUUGCACAAAGACGCCGAGACGGCGGCGGCGGCGGCGGCUGUGGCAGCGGCAGAUCCCCGGGGGGCAUCGUCGUCCAGCGGGGUGGUCGUGCAGGUUCGCGAGAAGAAGGGGCCCCUGCGCGCCGCCAUCCCCUACAUGCCCUUCCCGGUGGCUGUCAUCUGUCUCUUCCUCAACACUUUCGUGCCGGGAUUGGGUACAUUCGUCUCGGCCUUCACUGUGCUGUGUGGGGCACGCACCGACCUCCCAGACAGGCACGUGUGCUGCGUCUUCUGGCUGAAUAUCGCUGCGGCCCUCAUUCAGGUGCUCACGGCCAUCGUGAUGGUGGGCUGGAUCAUGAGCAUCUUCUGGGGCAUGGACAUGGUCAUCCUUGCCAUCUCCCAAGGGUACAAGGAUCAGGGCAUCCCACAACAGCUGUGAGCCUACAGGACCUACGGAGGAAGUCCAGGGUCCUGUGAGGGCCACGCCAGGUGGCUCCGGGCACAAGGACCUUCACAUAUUCUCUUCUGCCAUUUCUCAGAUUGGGGUAGAAAGGGAGUACUUACAAAAUAUUAUUUAUUUUGGGAAACACACCUGCUUUUCUUAGCAGGCUCCAAGGCCAACUUCUCUCCCUGCUCCAGAGCGCGUGGGAGGAACAGGCCCAGAACAUCAAACUGGGCUAGAGGCAGGAUAGUGCCAGUGCAGGGAUGCUGGGCGUGUUUAUCCGACUACACACUGAACAAGCACCCAUACCUGUCAGGCUGGGCUGCUGUAGGUUCCAUGCAGGUGAUCAGUCACUCUCCUAGGCGUCAGGACUUCAUGAAACACUUCCUCUGGGUCCUCACCCCCCUGCUCGACCACGGGGUUCCCUGUAUUUGCUCGGUGGUCUCCCAGGGGCAGGGUCAGGGUGGAGGUUGCCAGUGUGGAAAGGCCAGGUGAUAGCCCAGUGUAUAAAAAAAUCCUUGGGUUCCCCCGGGAGUCUGAUAAUACCCCAGCAUUCAAGUUGCUGGGUGUGUGUGUGUGACUUUGUGACUUGACUGGGGGUGGGGGGGAGGUGGUACCCACUCUACUUCUAGGAUGUUACUGCUAGUAUCUGGAUGUUUAUAUGCAAAAUGACCAGACUGAGUUAUGAAUGGCUGCAGACCAGCAGUCCUCUUGGAUAUAUUUACUGUGGUCUCUGGUCCCCUCUCCUCUUCCCCCCCCCCGACAUCCAUGUGUUUCUGAAUCCAGAUGGUUACUGUGGUUUCUGGUCCCCUCUCCUUUUCCCCCCUGACAUCCAUGUGUUUCUGAAGAUGGUUUGUUUUGAGGAAGAUGAUGCAAUCCAUUCGUUACUGUUUCUUGACAUCCUAGCGGAUGUCUGGGCUUCCCACCUACCGCCAAACACGUGGAUAUCACUAGAGAACCCUGUGAAUAGUCAGAUGCAUUGGGACUCCUGAAACGUAAAUAGCCUUGCCCAAGCAAGUCCUGGGGGAUGUUGGAGACUGGACUGCAUUUGAACCGUGAGACCUGCAGAGUGACAUCAUGAGGUUGGGGACUUUGACCUGAAAUUCAUGUGUGCUGCAAGAAGAUGCAUCUUGAGGCUGAAGUUGUUGGCGUGGCAUGUGCCCCUUUAAGCAGCAAACCUGGGACUGACCACUACAAAGCCAGAUCCUUACUAGGCAGAGAAAACAUCAGGAAGUGGGAAGGGACCCGACAUGAAAUUAAGAGAAAGGCCUACUCAAGCUGAUGGCGACGGGGUGGCUAUUUACAUCUCUCUCCGUCUCAUUCUGACAUAGGAAGAGCUAAUGUGUGGGACAGGCCCAGGGCUCAGUUCCCCAUCAUGCUGGCCUUGAGCCAUCAGUGGGUCCCUCAUCAUCUGCCUGAAACACUGUCACAGUGUGGCCAGGGCUAAAGAAAGGAGCCGUCCACUUUCUGCCUUGGUGGAUGGAGGCUCUUGAAAAGCAGCUCUUGUUUCUCUGGGGUUCCAAGACAGCCCCCACCCCCACCCCACCAGUCCUCUUAUUUGCAAUCUUUCAAAGCCGGGCCCCCAACUGGACAGCCCCUGACAUCAUGAAGAGAUGAAGUCCCGUGAAGUACUCAUUCCUGGCCCUGACUCUGGUCUGGCUCGUCGGUCCUACCCUGUGUCUACCCAUCAGUUUCUUCCAAGGCUGUGUGGGAAUGAGUUGUACUUUUGGAAUGCCUGCCAGGGGGCCUAUUUCUUCCUGUGUUUCUUUCUGUUGCUCUGUUUGUUUGCAGCCCCUGUCUUGGGGUACGGGGCCAGGCUCGGUUCUCUUGUCAGCAGAUCACUGCUCUCAAGGAGGCUUCCUCUGGUAGCAAAGCUGUACCAGAAAGGGGAAUGAUGGGUCAGUGUGCCCUCCCACGAUGCUCGCCCACAGCCCUUCAUCCCACAGAGCCAGCGAUGAUGACAGGCCUGGCAAGAGUGGCCCCCACAGCGAGGGAGAAGUCUAUUUCCCUGGCUUGGGCUGGGGGUGGCUACCAGGGGAGUUGGAAGGAGAUGGUAAUUUGCAUUGCUUGUUUAGUGACAUGAACCAGACUCGAGUGGGACUUUCCUGAGUGACAAGUGUCACCAUGAGUUCCAGUGUGGGAUGGCUUAAUACAGGGGUUUGUGAACUUCGGGAGCUGUCUCCUCCCUAGCACCCCCUCACUCCAGGUGGAUGGCGUGGGUGGACUUUAGGAGCCCCCAGAACAGUGAGUCUGAGGGUUGCUACUAGCUGGGCCAGACCUGAUUAGCAUAACCAUUGUCAGUUGAUGGACAGUGGCUAAUUCACUCUGCACAGUCCAAGCAGGCCAUUGGAUCUAGGUGACCAGAGUUCAUUUACUAAACACCAGCUAUCUAGAAAGCAGGGUCCUGGACCCAGAAAGCACGUAGUGGCACCAGGGCUCCUUAGUGACAAAGCUGCCUGGGUGGCAUAGCUCAGGGCUGCUGUCCCAACCUUGGGAAAUAAUUCAGAAGACCGUUCUCUGGCUACGGGUGCCAGGGGCAGACACCACAGGCACACAGAGAGCAUCCACAGAGACGGCGGCACUGCCAGGAUCUAAUGUGGCAUUGUUAUCAGAGUGGCCAUUCCUUCCACCAAACCAGGACCCUGGAGCAAGAGAGAGAACCAGGUUAGCCUGUCAUCCUAGCUCCAUUUCUGUUGCUGUGGUAAAACAUCUUGACCAAAAGCAACAUGCACCAGGAAAGAGGAAAGUUGGUUGGUUUGUUUGGUUUAUAAUCUAGGCUAUAUACAGUCCAUCGUAGGGGAGGAGUCAUGACGGCAGGAACCGGAAGUGCCUAAGUCACCGCAUCCACAGUCAACAGCAGAGAGAAACAAAUUCAUCCAUGCUGCGCCCCCCCCCCCCCCCCCCCCCCCCCGUUUCAUGUACUCUUAAAAAGUCCAAGAUCCAGCCCACGAACUGGUGCCACCCACAUUCAGGGUGGAUCGCCUCACUUCCAUUAACAUAAUCCUCCACAGAGGAGCCCACAGGCCAAUCUAAUCUAAAAUAAUUCCUCUUUAAGACUUCCCUGGUGAUUCUAGGAUUUGUUACAUUAAAACUAUUCAACAGUGUGUAGUGUAUUGUAGGGACCAUUGAGGACCCCAGACUGUGGCCAGGAAGCCGCUAUGAAACCACCCUCCCUCCACCCUCAGACUGCCAAAUAUUGCCUGGGUCAAGUCUCUUGGCCGCCCCGGAGAGAAGCAAAGGAAGCGACUAGGCCACGACGAUGAGGCAGCCAAGGUCUGUCUGGCCCCAGACUUGUGUCCAGCCCAGCGACCCGCCCCCAAAGGGGGCGUGGGCCAGGUACCGCUGAGCUCAGUUCAUCUCCUGCUAUUCUGUGAACAACCUGUGGAGAGUUUUUGUUAAGCUUUCUUCACAAGGAGACCAGAGGCUUCUCCCUGAGACACAUACCUUUCAGAAGUCACAGGAAGGGAUAAUGAAUGUCCUCAGAAGGAUGAGAGCAGUAUUUCUCCAUGGCUCUCCUGGAUCCUUGAGCUCACCUGCCCUCAAAGCCAUGCCCCCAGCUCCUGCAUGUUCCGAAUGGAAAGUGGAAGCAGAUGGCAGCUCAAGACAGAGUUGGUGCCUAGAGUGGCCUGGCUCAUGGGAUCCAGGUCCUGCACUCCCUUACAGGACCGAGGCUGCACCGAUAAAAUUGUGGGGUGUAGGAUGCUGGGGGUUGAGGAGCAGCAGGGAGAACUCAGCUAUAGGAGACAUAGGAAGCCAAUAAGCCACAUGGUUAGCACGUCCCCUAGAUGGAAAAGGAUUAAGAUGUGCAAAAGAAAAGCCAUCCACACAUUAAACACCGGGUCUAAGGUCAGCAUACAAUGGGCUAAAACCCCAAGACCAGAAAAAUCCCCCAAAGGCUCAAGGCUCCUGAAGCAAGAAAGUGAGGUUGAAUGAAUGUUCCUUUGACCUUAAGAUUCAAAACGCAAGGCCUUAGUGAUGGUAAAUGACCUGCAUGAAGAAAGCUGGGACUGUCUGCCCUGUGGUUGUAGAGGGCUCCGGCUUAGAGAAUCAGCUGGCUGGCUACUGCAUCUCCCACUCCCGGGCAGAAGUGAGUCCGAUGCAGAGCAAGGUUUCCCUCUAGUGGAAGCAGGGAGCCAGGACACCAUCUGCCAGCCGAGGGGUGGGGUUCGCUCCCUGUGCUGUGAGGGAGGUUCUGCAGUUAGCAAGAGUUCCUUCAGUGCUAAAGUGCUCAGGUCCUGAGCUCUCCAGGUCACAUCCCUACAGUAUCCAGCCUCCGCCACUGACAGCAAGCUCCGGGAGGACCCAGCAGGAGCUCUGUCUCCUUCUGGAGAGUUCUGGGCCCAGAACUCUUCAGAGUCGUAGGGGAUGUGGAGGUCAUCUUGGACGUGGUAUUAUGAAGAGCUCAUCUAAGUGGUGGGCGAGAGGCUCGGAGUCUUCUUCAUCUUUCUUCCUGUUAGUUUUUGAGAGCUGAACACUCACAGAGGCAGUGUAUCCUUCCACUCAGAGUAUGACCCAGCCUCAAUCCCACAAUGCACCAGGACACAAUGAAUCCCAACCAGAGUGGUCCUGUGUGUCCUACACGUGCCAGGGUGACAAUAGUCUUGUUUCAGCAAUGCCCCUACAGACGCUUGUCCUCCAUUUAACUAAAUACAUUGUAGAAAUAAGGCCAGUCCGUCAUUUUCCCCAAUCUUGCCAAAGCCAAGGGUCUAGAGAGUGCAAGCCCAGUCAGGCACAGCCCCACUGGGAGAGUCCAGACUCCUGGUAAAACAAACUCUAGUCCAGUAUGCUACAACCCCCCCCCACCCCCCACCCCACGUGAGACUAAAGAAAUGACCCCACCAAAGUUAAGUCUGGGACCCAGUGAGUCUAUGGAGUUACAGGAGCAUUGGUGACUCUUGGUAAGCUAUGUCACUGAGAAGCCCCCACCCCAGUGUGGGGACAACUCAAGAAAGCCACAAAACUGCUGCCCUCGCCCCCCCCCGUCAGUCACCCCUCCUCCCCUCCUCAACUCCAUCCACUGUGAACACCUGUUGCCCUCGCCUAGGGUCUGUGGGAUCAGAAUCCCGACUGCAUCCCCCAUCCAAAUCUACUGCAGCCCCGGGCUCCGGAUUGGCCCGCUGGUGUGGGGGAGGGGGCAGAGACCUCUUCCUGAUGCUUUUCUGGGACUCUGGCAGGACUUUUAUUUCGGAACGGGUACACUGCCUGCCCCAGCCCAGGAGCCAGCAAGGAGUAGAAGAGUAGGGAAGUUUUAAGCAGAGACAACGAGGUUGGGGGCUUGUGAGAAUCCCGCGGGCUCCUGUGGAGUUGCUGCGGGCCCUUCCGGGCUGGCUCCGUUGCACCCGGAGCUCUUUUGUUUUGGAAGACGCUGGCUGCAUCGCUGAGUUAUGAGCAGGCCGCGCUGUGUUGUGGAUUACUGUUUUGGUGUUGCCAUUGGCUUUUGUCUGUUAAAUUAACUGCUGUACAUUUUCAUGUUCUCUGACGAUGUCCGGGGCUUGCUUCUCUCACUCCUACUCACAGGGACCCCACAUGCCCCAGACCAACCACGGGUGGGGGGCGGGCGCGGGGACGGAGGCAUUGCCAGCCCAUUCCUAAGAUUACAGGUGUUCUUGGAGACCGCUUGGACCAUCUCAGCCCUAGGGAAGAGUCUAGACUUUCCUGGCUGGAACUGAAGCAUGGGGCCCAGGUUUGACUUUGCUUAACUUUCUCAGUGUCCCCAGGCUUGCGUCCCUACCCUUGUCUCGGGGUCCACAGAGCCCCGCAGGGGCAGCGCAGGGCUCCCGCUUCUCCAGCCUUCUGCCAGCUUUGAAGUCCUUCCUUCCAGCAAUGCUACUGUACACGUGGUGAGGAACGCAACCCACAACAGAGCCCGUGUACAUACGGAGUGUACAUACAUACAUACGUGUGUACAUACACACAUGCCCCUUGUUAUAAAGAUAACAGAGCAUGGCGUUUCUUUGGCAUUACAAUUUUUUUUUAACCCUUGGAAAUACGGUUUUGGCAAUCUUCUUCUUUUUCCUCUUUUCUAUUUAAUAAACAUCCA